AGAACCGGUGGACUGACAGCAUCAUUGUGCUCUGACUGGAGCAGCUGACUGAGCCUCAACAUGGAGUUUGGAAGAGUUUGGUCCAGAUAUCAGCGGACGGUGCUGAUCACCGUGAUGAUGUUCAAACUGGGUCUUUUGUGCACAGUGGCAGCAGACAGCUGUCUCUCAGCUCCCUGUAACAAUGGUGCCACAUGUCUGGACCACCUUGGCAAUUAUGUGUGCCUGUGCCCCAAAGGACCAGUGUGGUACAUGGGUAAGACCUGCGAUGAGCUGUAUGAUCCCUGUAUCAUGGCUCCUUGUACCAACUGUACCAGCAAACCUGGGACCGAUGAGUUCACCUGCCACUGCCCGAGCGGCUUCACGGGACUCAACUGCACCCAGGAUGUAGAUGAAUGUCAGAGCAACCCCUGCAAUGGCACCAAGUCCCUCUGUGUCAACAGGAUCAACAGAUAUUCCUGCCACUGUCCCAUCGGAUCAGGGGGGGACAACUGCCAGGACAAUGUGACCACUUGUUCAGAGGACACUUGCCAGAAUGGAGGCACCUGUAUGGACAUCCCUGACACUGGGCCCCAGUGCCAGUGUGCUGCCGGGUACCAGGGGCCCAACUGUGAGGAGAACAUAGAUGAGUGUGAGUCCGAGCCCUGUCAAAACGGAGCCAUCUGUAAAGACGGGGUCAACGCCUACCAGUGUUUCUGUGUGCCCGGGUUUCAAGGCUCCCACUGUGACCUGGACAUCAACGAGUGCGCCUCCCGGCCCUGUCAGAACAACGGCACGUGUGUGGAUGAGGUGGAUCACUACAGGUGUGACUGUGCUCCAGGCUUCAAAGGGAUUAACUGCGAGGUGGAGAUUGAUGAGUGUGAGGUGAAGCCCUGUCAGAACGGCGCCACCUGCCGAGACUACGUCGCCGCAUACAAGUGUGAGUGCGUGGUCGGCUUUCAGGGCCGAGACUGCGAGGUCAACAUCGACGAGUGUGCCAGCGCGCCCUGUCUCAAUGAGGGCAGGUGCAUAGACAGAGUCAACAGCUAUGACUGCGACUGUGAGGGGACAGGCUUUGUCGGCGACCACUGCGAGGAAGAUAUUCCUGAAUGUGCAUCUGACCCCUGCAAACAUGGAGCCACCUGCCUGGAGGGAAUCAACCAGUACAAGUGUCUUUGCUGGCCAGGUUACGAGGGAGAUAACUGCGAGGUGGAUGUAGACGAGUGUGAGCGCCUUCCCUGUGAGAACGGUGGCAAGUGUUUCGAGCGAUCAGAUGUCCUAAACUACGGGACACUUCAUGAACUCAACACAGCCAAUUUCACAUAUGAAGGAGCGGCUGGCUUCAUCUGCCACUGUCUGCCCGGGUUCACUGGAGACAACUGCUCAGUCAACGUGGAUGAGUGUGAGGUUGCUCCGUGUCAACAUGGAGGAAGCUGCCAGGAUCUGAUCAACUCUUAUCAGUGUGUGUGUCCGAGUGGCUUCACAGGCGUCCACUGUGAGGUGGACAUUAACGAGUGCGACAGCCAUCCCUGCCAGAACGGCGCCUCGUGUGAAGAUGCCGCCAACGCCUAUAGGUGUCACUGCCCGCCACCAGAGCCCGACCAGGAGCCGUGGGGUGGGCGAGACUGUGACGUCCGCCUGGUUGGCUGCCAGCAGCACCAGUGCCAGCACGAAGCAGGUUGUGUCCCCAUGUUGACGGACGAUGGGGAGCAGAGCUACGCCUGCCUGUGUCCGCCUGGCUGGAGCGGAGAACGCUGCAACACCUCCACAACCUUCUCCUUUAACUCAGAGGGCUACAUCCACAUGCAGCUGCCUGUUUCCAAAAACAGGACGAGGAGAGAGGCUGAUGACCACGGGCUCCACAUGCAGCUCCGCUUCAAGAGCACUCUGCCUGACAUGGUGCUGUACUACCGGGGAACUGUGGAGCAGUUCGUCUCCCUGGAGCUCGUCAGUGGCUCCCUCCAGGCCUGGGUGAAGGCGGGGAAGGUUCUGCAUGUUGUUUACCCCGGACCAGUCAAUGACGGAGAAUGGCACCAGGUCUCUGUGACCAUGGACGAGAGGCUGGUUCUGUCUAUAAAAGGACCCGGCUGUGAGGAAGGGUGUCGAGUGAAGAACGAGGGCCACAACCAUCUGAUCUUCCUCCAGCCCAGCUCCUUUCAGCAGCUGUAUGUGGGAGGGGCUCCGCAAGAGUAUUUAGCCCAUACAACCAGUGGGAGGGGCUUUGUCGGCUGUAUGGAAGACCUUUAUGUUGACCAUAAGCUGCUUCUGCCCCAAGACCUCAUCAGAGAGGAGAACCACGGCCUGGAACUGGGAUGCACCAAAACAGACUGGUGUCAGGAGGACCCCUGUCUUCAGCGAGGGCAGUGUGUGGACAUGUGGGUUCGUGCCAGCUGUCAGUGUCAGCGGCCCUUCUAUGGAGAGAGCUGUGAGAGAGAGUACCCAUCCUGGACCUUCGGCCAUGAGAACACCAGCAGCUACUCUGCCUACAACAUCUUGGAAAGCCAUGGAAACAACUUCAGCAUUUCCUUUUUGAUGCGCUCCCUCAAACACAACGGUCUGCUUCUGCAGCUCAGUCGAGACGGGGACCCCUAUCUGACCAUCUACCUGAAGGAAGGCACCGUGGCAAUCUACAGCCCUCACACCACACUGCUGUCGGAGGCCACAUUCGUCACUGAUGGCAACAAUAAUCUGGUGACUGUUAAGGUGCACAAUGGCCAUGUGGUCUUCCCCAAAGCAGGGAACCACCGUGCCUUAGGGAACGUGAGUGUCGAGGCAGGGGAUGUGGCGUAUGUUGGAGCGCUCCCUGUGGGAAACAGCAUGAACGCCUGGGGUGGAAACUUCAAGGGCUGCCUGCAGGACGUCCGGCUGGACCACAAGCAUUUGACCAUGGAGGAUUAUCCAGAGACAGUGGAGGUUUACCAGGCAAGCACAGAGGAGAACGUGCUGCCAGGAUGUCACAGUGAUGACACCUGCAAGGAUGAGCCCUGUUUCAAUGGUGGACAGUGUCAGGUCACCUGGAAUGACUUCAAGUGUGACUGCUCCAUUAACUACUCAGGCCGACUGUGUGAGACACGCCUGUGGUGCGUCGACAACCCAUGUUUUGAUGGCGUGCGCUGUGUGGACCUGCAGGACGGUUAUGAAUGUCUAACAGAAGCCAUUUUCCAGGACAACUCUCUGCAGUAUUUUGCCAACAGCUCCCUGCUGAGCCCGGUGACCAGAAUCACCAUGGACAUACGGACACGGGACGAGAACGGGAUCCUGCUGCGGGCCGCCGGCAGAGCUGAGGUCUUCUGCCUGGGUCUUCUCAACUCCUCCCUGCUGGUCAAACUGGACAGCGGGGUGAGCUCAGAGCUGCUGGCCUUCACAAGUGACAGGACAGUUGCAGACGGGGUGUGGCACCACGUCCAGCUGACUAUGGUUGACCCCGCACAGUCAGUGUCCCGCUGGCGCCUCACUGUGGAUGGCCAGAGAGUGGGUGGCAGCUUUGGCGUUGGUGGCAACCUCAACUUCCUGAAUGAUACUAAAAUCUGGCUGGCUGAGAAAUACACUGGGUGUUUAGGGGAGGUCAGAGUGGGUGGAGUCUACCUGCCGCUCAUUAGAGUACCAGAGGCCCCUCAGGUGAGCUGGUUCUCCAGACUGGGUGGACAUGAGCCAAUCAUAGGAUGUCAAGGUGCACCGAUCUGUGACUCCCAGCCCUGCCUCAACCAGGGUGAAUGUCUGGACCAGUUUUAUGAGUUCAACUGCAGCUGCAGCUCCGGAUGGGAGGGGGAGCUGUGUGAGACGGAGAUAAACGAGUGCUCCUCAGGUCCCUGUGUCUAUGGGACCUGUAAAGACCUAUUGGCAGACUACCAAUGUGACUGUGAGCCUGGAUACACAGGGAAGGACUGUCAGGAGGAGCUGGACAACUGUCUCGAGUUCAGCUGUGUGAACGGAGGAAGCUGCGUGGAGAUGGUGGGAACUCACACGUGCUUAUGUCCUCCUGGAUAUGUCGGCAAGCGCUGCCAGUGGCGUUUCCCUCCAGUGGCAUGUGAUGCAAAGACAGAGUGUCUUAAUGGAGGGAUUUGUAUAGGAGGCAACUCUGGAGGAAACUGCACCUGCAAGCCUGGAUACACCGGUGCCAGGUGCGAGACAGAAAUAGACGAGUGUGAGUCCAGCCCUUGUCUCAACGGUGCCACCUGUCUGGACAGACUCAACCACUUCCUGUGUGUGUGUGUGCCGGGCUUCAGCGGCGCAUUGUGUGAGAGCAACAAAGAGGAGCAUAAGGAGCGGGUUCCCUGGCUUGCGGUGACCAUCCCUCUGACCACGCUCUGUGUGUUACUGGCCAUCCUGGUGGUGUUCUUCCUCAUCAUGACAGCGCGGAAGAAGCGUCAGUCGGAGGGCACGUACAGUCCCAGCUCACAGGAGGUCGCUGGUGCCAGGCUGGAGAUGGGCAGUGUCCUAAAAGUUCCCCCAGAGGAGAGGCUGAUCUGA